AGCUUGAUCAUUUCCAAGUUCAGAGUGAAAAUGGCAGAUGCUGAUAACUCACUCCGUCAGGCACUCCUGGACACAGUAGCAGGACUGAUGAACCCAGACCAGGUUGUCAGGAAAGCUGCUGAGGAGCAAGUUAAAGCACUGGAGGUGACAGACGAGUAUGGAGUAUAUUUAUGUGAGUUGACCCUGAACCCUCAAGGUCUCCUUCCGGUCAGACAACUAGCUGCAGUUCUUCUUAAACAAUAUAUAGACGCACACUGGUCACAGGAUACAGAGAAGUUCCGUCCUCCUGAGGUUACUUCUAGUGCAAAGAAUUCUAUUAGACAAAUGCUUCCUCUAGGCCUUAGUGAAUCUAUUAGUAAAGUAAGAAACACAGUUGCCUUCUCUCUAGCAGCUAUAGCACACUGGGACUGGCCAGACCAUUGGCCUCAACUCUUCGAUAUUCUUAUUCAGGCGAUAAAAGGUCAGGAUAAGUUUGGAGUCCAAGGCGCAGUUCGUGUAUUAAAGGAACUAUCAAGAGAUCUUACAGACUCACAGAUACCUACAGUAGCUCCAGUUAUACUACCAGAUAUAUAUAGAAUUUUCUGUGAAGCGGACCGGUACACCAUAAGGACUAGAUCCAGCGCAGUAGAAAUAUUUACUACUCUUACAAAUAUGAUCUGCACAAUAGGUGAGGUUAAUAAAGGACUGCAAAAGAGUUUACUAAACCCUGUUCUAUCAACCUUCUCCGAGGCGUUAGUAGCUUCUCUCUCUGUUCCAGAUUCUCAAACCUCAGACUCGGGGCUUAAAACUGAGGUAUUAAAAGCUCUGACAGUUCUGAUAAAGAAUGUGCCAAAGCAGAUGUCUGAUUGGUUACCCCAGAUCCUUCCUCCAGUCUGGUCUACCCUCACUACCUCAGCGGAGAAAUAUGUCCGCGAGGUUGUGAAUGGAGGUGGAGGAGAUGAUGAGGUUGUUGACUCGGACGGUGAGGUCAUAAGCUUCGAGACCCUCGUCUUUGCUAUUUUCGAGUUCGUCCACGCUCUCGUCGAGACGAAGAAGUUUCGUGGAGCCGUCAAAUCCGGGCUAGCAGAUCUCAUGUACUAUAUUGUACUCUACAUGCAGAUAACAGGUUAGCAGAUCUCCUGUACUAC